AUGGUUGGCCAAGUUGAAUCGUGCAAACUAUUAGGACCGGUCUCCCUCUUGACGCAGUUCUUUGUGGGUGUAGUCGCCCUCGGCUUGUUGCUGCUCAAACGUGAAUAUCAGCGUCCAAAACGUCCAUGGGCGGUUUGGAAGUUUGAUGUUGCAAAGCAAAUUACUGGCGCUUUAGGUGUACAUUUAUUUAAUGUGUUAACAAGUGUAUCGGACGCGCCACUACCCAAUUCUAAAAUGGCAUUCUCACGGGAAGAUGACCAUGGCGAUAAGCAAUGCCUUUGGUAUUUUGCAAACUUGCUAAUGGACACUACCGUAGGGGUGCCUAUUAUAUGGUUCUGGCUGAAACUUAUACACUACCUUUUAGGGUUUUUCAAUAUUUCAAACAUCGAGAGCGGAAAUUACUACCCUGAAUAUGAAUAUAGUCCUGGUGUUGAUUCGGAACAAAACAAAACACCCAGCAAACCUCUUUACUCGGCGUUCUUCAAGCAAUUGCUAAUUUUUAUUACUGGUCUUUCCUUAACAAAAUUGUGCACGUUUAUUAUUUUGUACUAUUUUGAAGGAGUAGCUUACUGGUUCUCAAAUCUAAUAUUAGGAUGGUCAGAUCCUUGGCCCAACUUCCAGAUAUUCAUCAUUAUGUUUAUCGCACCUGCAGUUCUUAAUGCGUUCCAGUGGUUCUUUACGGACAGCAUAAUAAUGCUAUCUGCUCGUCGAACAAGCAUACAGUAUGAAGAAGUCAUAGAGUUGGUUCCAUGUACUCAGGAAAGCAGAACGCCCAGAAAUAGCGUAGAUCAAAAGCAGAGUUUAACAUCCAAACCUUUCGAUUCCCCAGGACAGCUUCAUGUCCGAGCGAUUUAA